UAUGCCCUGAGAGCCUCUCAUAGGUGGAGGAACCAAACCAUGGAGAGCGUAAAGGAUUUGUUCAAAGGAUCAGCAAGUAAUUUUCCAGCAAGGAGUCCUCAUCUACCUAGCCACCAGACAUGCAUCUUGUCCUGUAAACUUCCAGCUAGGGGGAAGAGAAAUCAGGACUUGAAUCUGCUCUGAAGGCCAAGAUCUCUAGAGUUUUCCCUGGAAGUCAGCUUCAAAGGAAGAAACAGUGAAAGGAUUUGAGGAAAGAGAGACAUAUGCUUUUUAUGGUGGCAAGCAACUUGUAGUGAUACACAUGGGAGACUCCUCUUUAUGGGUUUGAACUAAGGACCCCUGAAUAUAAAACGAUAAGCAACUACUGAGCAGACAAACACUGGCAGAGGCCAAGAGGCCAAGAGUGUGCAUGUGAUGCAAUGUACCACUAGAAACUUCAGAGAACAGCGCUGGAAAGAUGACCGCUGACGCAGAUGGAGGUUGAGGCAAUGUUAAUAUUUGCCAGCAGAGGCUCUGGGCCUUCGUGCACAGCCGGUAUGAGCAGACAGUAAGAAAUGGGUGACUGGAGUUUCUUGGGGAACCUUUUAGAGCAGGUGAACGAGCAGUCUACUGUCAUCGGGAGAGUUUGGCUCACAGUGCUCUUCAUUUUCCGCAUCCUGAUCCUGGGAACAGCUGCUGAGCUCGUGUGGGGAGACGAACAGUCAGACUUUGUGUGCAACACCCAGCAACCUGGUUGCGAGAAUGUCUGCUAUGAUGAGGCCUUCCCCAUCUCCCACAUCCGGCUCUGGGUCCUGCAGAUCAUUUUUGUAUCCACGCCUUCGCUAAUGUACUUUGGGCAUGCGGUGCACCAUGUCCGCAUGGAGGAGAAGAGGAGAGCGAGAGAGGAAGCUGAGAGGCGUCAGCAAGCUGAGGUGGAUGAAGAGAAGCUGCCCCUGGCUCCAAAUCAAAACAAAGGCAAUAACCCUGAUGGGACCAAGAAGUUUCGCCUGGAGGGUACGCUCCUGAGAACCUACAUCUUCCACAUCAUUUUCAAAACCCUCUUUGAGGUGGGAUUCAUAGUAGGUCAGUAUUUCCUGUACGGCUUCCGAAUUCUCCCCCUUUACCGCUGUGGGCGGUGGCCCUGUCCCAAUCUUGUGGACUGUUUUGUCUCCAGGCCCACGGAGAAGACCAUCUUUAUUAUGUUCAUGCUGGUGGUGGCUGCCGUGUCCCUCUUCCUCAACCUGGUGGAGAUCAGUCACUUGAUCCUGAAAAGGAUCCGGAGGGCUCUGAGAAGACCAGUGGAGGAACAGCUAGGAGAGAUUCCGGAGAAGCCCCUCCAUGCCAUCACAGUCUCCUCCAUCCCGAAGGCCAAAGGCUACAAGCUUCUGGAAGAAGAGAAGCCAGUGUCCCACUACUUCCCUCUCACAGAAGUAGGGGUUGAGCCCAGUCCCCUUCCAUCAGCCUUCAAUGAGUUUGAGGAGAAGAUUGGGAUGGGACCAUUGGAAGAUCUCUCCAGGGCAUUCGAUGAGAGGUUACCAUCGUAUGCACAAGCGAAGGAACCAGAAGAGGAGAAGGUAAGAGCGGAGGAGGAGGAGGAACAACAAGAAGAGGAGCAGCCAGGACCUCAGGAAGAGCCAGGGGUGAAGAAAGCAGAGGAGGUGGUGAGCGAUGAAGUGGAAGGGCCUUCAGCACCUGCUGAGCUCGCCACUGAUAUGAGACCCCUCAGCAGGCUAAGUAAAGCCAGCAGCCGGGCCAGGUCAGACGAUUUGACUGUAUGAAGGUGCAGGAGAGCACAUGAAAAAGAAAAGGUUGAAGAGAAAAGGAGAGAUAAGAAAGAAUCAAAAGAUAUUUUUAAGCAAAGUGCUAAAAUGGCCAUUUGAAUAUUAUUUCCUCUUGAGAUUCUCAACUGGAAAGGUACUAUCAUCGUAACUGUGCCUUAUUUGCCCUGUAUGUCCAUUUGAAAAGGAACAUUUUCCCUGUUUCCAGAUGCCAGCUCACUCCUUACAGUAAUAUCUACACUGUACACAUAACUGAUGUCUUUUAAACCUUAAUGUGGCAGUGAAACCCAAAUGUCACCCACUGUGAACGUAUUUACUGAAGCUUUGUGUUCCACAUUUCUCUAGGAACAUAGGGAGGAUCUGUCCCUUCAGCCAGUGAGGGGGGAAGACUGAUCAACAACUGUAUCUACUAUUUCCUUUUCUGCUACCUAUGGAACGCUGAGCAGAUCUCCCCUUUGCUGUUGGCAGGGAAUUGCAGUUAUUUCAUUCACAAAGUGAAUUCUGUGCUUAGCAUCACCACACUAAAAUAGUAAGCAUUAUUUAACAUCUCUAUUCACAAAAUAAAGGCCAAAAUGUCCCCAAUUUCUCUGAGAAUGCAAAUCAGAGUUCGGUAAAAAUAUUUUCCCUUUGUCAAAAAUAUUUCUGGUCUUCAAAUGACAUUGACAGUGGACAAGGUUAAGAGUAGUUCUCUACUAGGAUUUAGCAGAUGCCCACAGAUGGAUUAUUUGUUCCCAGGGGGUCAUCCAGCCCCGAGCCUAUGUCAGAGCACUGGAGAGAAUAAAUUCAAGUGAUAUUUUUUAUUUGUAGUCUUGUGACUUAAAGAUCUGAAACUCGAUUUAGCAAAGCAAGCGUGGGAAGACUUCUGUGAGAGGAGGAAGCAGCUACAGCCCCCAGAGCAUGAAACCAAAUAUAAGUCUUCAUGGCAUGAUCCUGACAUGUGCUGAGUUCCUGGAGCUCCCAGACUUACAGGCAUGCAGCAAAUCUCAGGUACAGAGUCCUGAAGGCACCUGUGAACCUAAACCAGGGGUCUGGGUAACUAUGUGACUACUUAAACCUCAAAAUACAAAACUGGUUGUUCCAGUUUGAGAAGUCUGAUAUGAUAAUAGUCUUUUGACAUCCUUUGUUUUUAAUUUGACAGACGGAAGCCAUCCAAUGGUCUACUUCUCUAUUAAAUGCCAAAGUCUCGAGUAAAACAAGGCCUUUCAAAAGAUGAGUUAGACCUUUUGUGCCAACAGGUCUGUACAGAACUCGCAGAGCCUCUGAAAAAUCUUUUUUGUUACAAAAGGCAGAAAAGCAUGUGCUUGCAAAUGUUUAAAUGUCUGUGAAUUUCUAAUUUUAGGACUACAGCAGCACCUUUUGGCUGGGACGGUGCAGCAAUGCAUUCAAAAGCUUCAGGUUAACAGCUAUGCCCCCCCCAAACUGAGCCUCAUGCCAGAAAAGUGCAGGUAUGCGCUCUCAUCUGCUCUGCUCUGCAAACCUCAGACCCUGCCAGCUCAGCAAAUUCUUUCUGCUGGGCUGCAGCCCAUCCCAUUGUUCCCAGGGCAGGCUCUAAUCCAGGUCAGGAAAAAAAAGGUCUUUGGUAUAAUGCAUAAAACUCAUCCCGCCAUUAGCUAGAAAAGACCCCCUGCGGUCUUCCAUUGUAGCAGGGCUGACUGCUACUGCCCAUUGAAGUCAAAUGGGUGUCUGAGCGAGCUCUGGGUAGGCUUGGACUCACACCUCCAGUCCUGCUGCCCCACGUCCCAGCCCAGGCAGCCACCAGUACAGUCGGUUCUGUCACUCGCUGAUCUAACCUGUUUGGUGCAGUUCCCGUGCCUUGUUACGCAGCUGCCCUAUACGAGCGCAAAGGUGGCUGGACUUCGCUGCCAAGUGAAGCAAGCUGUACAUAUGUAGAAAGUUUGUAGGGUGCAUUGGGAUUCUUCAGCACCAUAGCGGUGCCACGUAUUUUUUUUUUUUACAUACUAUUAAUCCUUUUGCUCCUCUUGGGCCUGUGUAUUUUCCCAAGGUUUGCAGCCUGAGGUCAAAAUCUUUGCUCCCUUGACAAAGGCUGUUAGGUUGUCCUUCUUUGUGAAGGAAGACUGGAACGUACCUCCUCAGUUUUAGGAAGGAAUAUGACAAAGCAACAUACGUGAAGGAACAUGCAGAGGGAGAAUCUGGAGGCUACCAUGUAUGCACUCUCUUAAUACAGAAACAGGAGAACAGUUAACACAAAUGAAAGGCAACUGAGGAAAGAGAAUGUUUUUCAGCAGGAAAAGGGUCCACUGUGCCUCAUACUCUACCAGAAUUCUAGCAAGGGCGAAGAUUUAGAUGAACAGCAAAAUCACCAUACUUACACGAGAUGGGAUCUAUUACUUUUUAUUUUCUUCACAGAAAGAUAGAAGAGUGUUUUAAUGGUUCUAAGCAUAAACUAGCCCACUCGCUGAAAGGGGUUGGAAACACACUUUCCUGUAGAUAAAAAAAUAGAAAAAUCUGUAACGGUUCAGUAUGAGAUAUCUUUUACCUUCUUCAGAGCAUCUGACCCUUCCAGAUAGCAAUGGACUAGAGGAAUCACCCCCACUCUUGUUUAAUUCUAAUUACUUGACAAGUCCUUUUAUAUACAAGCUAUUUUAAUAACCAUUCCUGUUCCUGACCUCUGACAUGCAUACCUUCAUUAGAUCACUGGACUAAUUAAGAUGAGUGCUUAUUCAUCAGAGGUAUACGGUUCACAAUAUGGCUGCCGGGUGGUCCAGUCUUUAAUCAUCAGAUGUUGAGUAUGUCAUUGUUUUUCACUGAAGUGCCUCAGUAGAACGCACUAUAUGCAGUGUACUUAGUGAACACUCUGUAGUUCUCUCACAGCUGCCACAGGAAAGCUCGUUUCUUCCUCCGGGUCACGACAGCACGAUGAAACAAGCCAGCGUUUCCCUCCUGCAUCCAGUCAACUGCUUGUUGAUUUUUUUUCAAGCCAGUUUUCAAGUACCCUGCCAGACUAGUAGUGAAUCUGUAGCCACCAAGUGCAAGCCAUGGCAUCAAGACAGCGCUUCUCGGCAAACCGGGCAGGCAACUAACAGUCUGGUCUUCUGGCACUCAGCCUCAUCUCUGCAAUGAAAUCACUGUGGGACUGUCAGCAAGUCAUCCUUCCUUCUUGUACAAUUGGCAAUAAUUUUCUACCUCACAAAGACGAUGUGAGGCUCGAUAUAUUGUGUUAGUAAUAGAAUGGGAGGUCCUCGGAUGGAAGGCCCUACAGAUGAGCAAAGGAUUAUUGCUAUUUCUGGAUGUUAUAGCAUAUAAAUGUGUUUUAUUCCUUCUCAAUGAGACAAAUUUAAUCAUUUAUUCAAGAGAUUCCUAGUGAAGUUGCAUAACAGCCUCAGAGCUGUGGAUUCAGUGUAUGAUUCUACUCGAAAAAUAAUUAAGCAAAACAUAGGCAUAAAUGUAAAGAACAGGGAAAAUUAUUUUCUUGGGAAGGGGGAAGUCACUGGACAAUUAGAGCCAUGCCUGGAUCAUUUAAAGGUGUGUGUAUCCCCUUGGCUCCCUGUGCAAAUAAAUUACUAACUGGCUCUCUGCAAGGAGCAUAAGAUGCAAGUGUCAAAAUCACCAAAGGAAGUGAAAGUAGAUGAGAAAGGUAGUGUCUUAGGUUACAAUAGCAUGUGGGAGUUGGUGUUCUCUAGUGUCUAGAGCAGUGGACCUAGGAUAAUAAUCUUAGAUUUAUUUCCAGCUCUGCUUCUGACUUGCUGUGAUAAUCACUUUACCUCUCACUGCCUGUUUUCUCCACCUGUAAAACGGGUGUAAGAAUUUCCACCUACCUCACAGGGAUGUUGUGAGGCUUCCUUAAUUCUGUUUGUAAAGUAAGUAGGCAUGAUCUGAUGAAAAGCACUGCUGAAAUGCAUGGUAUCCUUGUUAUUUCCUGGCAGAACUGCUAACUUGGUUAAUACAUGACUCCUCAACCAGAAGGGCAGUAGUUUGAAAAUGUGAACACUGCAUUGCACUGACAACAUCAACACAGAUGUGGAUUUGCCAUGAGUGAAAAAGACUCCAUUGAUCCCCCACCCCUUUCUCCCACCUUAGCCUUGGCCUGGCUGUAUGAUGCAGUGGUGACAGUGUGGUUACAUGGACCCCUCUUCUCUACCCCCAGCAUCCAUUCUGGGGCAGCAUUUAUGCUUAAAUAAGACAGUUCCUGGAGGGGGGUGCAGGUUUGUGGAGCUCUGACAAUUUUAAAGGCCUUGCAAGGCAUGUGGGAGAGGGUUGUACAAUGCACAAUAUUGCUGGGCUUCUGUUUUAAACCACUCAGUGCAAACUCCAAGAAAAUUUGCCAGAGUUUCCAUGGAAAAGUUUACAAUUGCUUAGGGCAUACAGAAGAAAAGCCACCCUUCAUGAAUGCAAAACCAUAAAUUAUCAUGUUAUAGUGAUUCUUUCCUCUAAGUGAGAUAGAUAGCAAUGAUCUCUUAGCACUGAAACACAAUGAGGUACUGAUUCCUCCUCCUGUAGGAGGUGAGAGGUUUGGGGGGGAUCUCUGCUCUCUAGGUGUGUGUGGGCAUGAAAUCUACUUACUGAGGGAGGGAAGUCCAGCCUCUCCUGGCAUUCAGUAACUCACUGACUGUGCAGUUUUACAUUUAAAGAGUGGCUGUGUCACACAAUGCUGAAAAAAAAGUGGCAGUUUGCUGUUUUGUAUAGAAAAUGGCUUUUCAGGCUGACAGCUGAAAGUAAUCCUAGCCUAGGCGUAGUUUUGUUUAGUAAAGACAGGAACAUCCAUGAGAACUAGACUAAAGCCUUCCUAUAAGCCCGAGGCAGUUGUGAUAAAAUGGUAUAUGGUGCCAGAUUUCCUGAGGGCCAGGGUCAGAUAAGCAUACCAAAAUCAGGGGACUUGUCUAAGUAUUGGAAUAUUUUUUUUUCCCCAACAGAACGAUACUACCAUUUCUUAGGCUCUGUGUGUGCUACACCUUUUAACAUGGCUCAGGAAAGGCUUUUUGCCAACACCAAAUGUGCUUAUACAGUUGAGUAGUAACCAUGGCAAAUAAAUGUGUGUUGACUUGCCAAGACAUAGCCUGGCACACAGUCAUUUCCUUGCAACUAGCUUGGCGUGCACCUAUUUCAGUACAACUGGCAAGACUAGUCUCUCUCUGUCAACAGUCCAAGUUUUUCUCUCAGCAGCUUGAUGUACAGAGACAUUGAAGGCUUGUUCAACCUAGAGAGGAGGAAGCUAAGGGCUUUGGGAGGUCUAACUGCUGCCUUCAGGUACAUAAUGGGGAGUUACAGGGAAGAUGGAGCCAGACUCUUGACAGACGUGCACAGCAAAAGACCAGAGGCAACAAUCACAAGAGGCAGCAAUGAAAAUUUUGACUAAAAAAUUCUGACAAGGAAAAAAAUUGCUCAAAUGGAGAGUGGUUCAGCACUAAAGCAGGUGCCCAGAGACAUGGUAGAUUCUGCAUCCCUGGAGGAUGAAGCCUGACUGGGAAAAGCAUUGAGCACCCUGGUCUGACUUUGAUGUUGGCCCUGCAUUGAGCUGAAGGUUGGAAUAACCGGUCCCUUCAAGCCUGAACCAUCCAUCCCAUGGGAGGUUGAAAGCUCAGUGCAGCCACUGUGUGGUGGAACAACGGGUGUGGGGCACUGUCUGCCUUGGUAGAGUUUGCUUUGACUGUCCCAGCAGGCAACAUCAACUAACCGGGCACCGCAGCUGAGGCCGAUGCACAAACACAGUCAACUGAUGUUCGGUAGCUAGAAAAGCUGCUUGAGGCCAGAACCAUGUAUUGCGUAACUGGUUUGGAAAGAACAUUAAAAAUAAAAUUAAAAAAAGUGUACGCUUGUCAACAGAGAAAAUCAUGGAAAUAUAAGGGGCUUAGGUCUUUCCUGUCCCUUUAAUUUCAGUGUCAAGUGUACCUUUAAAUCCAUCUGAAAGUGCAGAGGACUGCAUUUUAAUGUUCUGUCAACAAAAAGCUGUGUAUUUUAAAGCUUGCUGAUCUGGGAUGAAACAGAACUGAAUAGAAAUGGUGAUUACAGAGCUACUGACAGAACAUUUUGAAAAAAACCCCAAAGACUGUUGGCCUUUGCCUUGCUAGAUCCAGCCUGGCACAGUAAAAGAAAAAACAAGCCAUUUUUUGGUUUCUGAGGAGGAGAGGCUAUAUUGCUUGGAAAAGUCAUGGAGUAGCCCACUGAAAAACUUUUAAGUCAACACAGCAAAGAAUUUGUGGUGAAACAGUAAACAGAAAAGUUGGCUCCUAUGGUGUUUCUCUGAAGCUCAGGGGAGAGUUGGAUUGAAGGAUGAUUGAGAUAAGGAAGCACAGUUUCAAAUGAGCAUACCAAAAAUCCUGGAUUACAGGCAGUUGCGGGGCAGAGGCCGUGCAGGAGGGCAGCAGGGAGGCCCAGGUAGCGGCGCAGCACGCCAGCUGACCGGCAGGCUAUGGGCAAAGGCUGAAGCGAAGAAGUGUGCAAGCUCAUCGUCCAAAUACCUCAUUGUAAGGGUAAGGCAAGCCAACCCGAGACAUGAAUUAAACCCAGCCUGUUAGCAAAUCUGGUAUUUCUGGAUUUUAAGAAGGUCAGCAACUUAAAAUAAUUUAAUUGAACUUUUAUCCACUGGUUCCUCUAUUUACCUGGUAGAAUUGAGAACCAGAACUAGCAUGGGCAAAUUUAUUUUCCCAAUCCUUCUACCUAAGUAUAUGAAGAAUUACUGGGACAAAAACCCUCAGGUAAGUUUCUCAACACAUACAUGUUAGUUCAAAGAAAAGUCAUAGACAACCCCAUAACGGAAUUCAUCUAUUGCCAGUGAACAUCAUCAUCUGAACUCACUACAAAUAAAUUAAAAAGAAAUUCAGAAAUCAGAAUGAUGUCGGAUUACUCCCAGCUUCAGAGCUCUUGUUUGUGAAAACCUCUGGUGAGAAGAGAAAAGAAAAUGGAUGGCCAGCUGCCAGCUAAGCUUAUUUGUCAUGAAUAUGCCCCGUAGCACCUUCUGGAAACCUGUGCUAUUUCUAAAUAUAGUCUUGGCCAACAAACUGCUUUAAUUCAAUAUGCUCCACCUUUCAGCUUUACUUGAACGUUCCCUCUACAAACAACAUAAAAUAGCCACAUUCACACUUUAAUAUGUGGAAGAAUAAAAUAUGGAACUGAGCGGAAACCUGCCAAAGUACUGACCAGCCCUUCUUCCUCAUGCACUGCCUCUUCUCUCUGGCCACCUCCAUCUAUAUUCUGUUUAAUGAAACUACCAGCCCCUCAGAACUGAGAAGCUGCCUUUGUGCCUGUGGAGUGCCGUGGACCCUUCUCCCCACACAAUGCGCAUCAGCGGCUAUCUAAGGAGGAACAACACAGAAUAAGUUUCCCAUUUUCUUUUUAUACUUCUUGUCUUCCCUGAAGGAGACGUCCUGGGGCUGGGGGGUGGCGGUGGCUCUGAGUUUUUCCAGUAGGAAUUAUCUUCUUCCCUGUGUGUUUCUCCCAAGGCUCAGGAAACAGUAAUUUACAGCUAAGCAGAGGCAUGUUUCAAGCCUCUUCGUAAACACAUGCAAAGAAGGAAGUUUAUAAAGAGCUGUGACCAAACUCUGCUGUGUUUUUCAACUUUGUGUUGACUUGAGCGGAGUUGCCAAGGUGUAAACAAGAGCAGAAUUUGGCUUUGUAUAAUUUAUUUUUAAAGGAUUUCCUGUUAACUUCUGUCUUUAAAAAACAACCAACAACUAACCUUGCCCCACAACCUACCAAUACAGAACAAAACCACCACAAAUCCCUCCAAACUCAGGAAGAUCAUCACUUCAGGGAAGGUCAGUUUCUAAGACUGAAAGGACUAGACGCAGAAAGGAAGGACAGGGAAGCUCAGAUCUCAGCUCUACAUUAACUGGCAGCAAUACCAGAAGCUGUAAAAAAAGAGGCCUCAGAUCAGAUACAACAAUCUGCUCCCUCGGUUCAUUUCCCCAUGAAAGCUGAAUGUUUUUUUCUCUUUGCAAUGCUGUAGACAAGGAGACAAAUUUCAAAACCAAGACGACUGACAGCAAGACAGAAACCCAAAGAGACUGUGGGACUAAUCCGGUGACUCAGCACAACCAAAUGUAGAUUCAUUUUCCUAGUGAAAUGAGUUGUAAUGAAUAAAGGUUCCUGAUUUUCAAACA